CCGAGGAAUUCCGAUACCAGUUGCUUGGGAAGCAGCUGCAACGUGAUGGAAAAAUUUAUUAUCAAUUGUACAUAAAGAGCAAUUUUCUUCGGAAAAUAUGGCAACAUUAUUGCGAAGUUAUCUCCGUGUUUUAGAGAAGCAUCCAUUGCUUACAAUGUCUUGUACCACAGGUACAUUAAUGGCAACAGGUGAUGCCAUAUCACAGACGGUAGUGGAAAGAACGGGGAAGUUUGAUCUCAUCCGAAAUGGAAGGUUUCUAGUUUUUGGUGUAUUUAUUGGAGGGCCAUUAUUUAGAGGCUGGUAUUUCUCAAUAGAUAAGAUAUUUGGCAAAACCAAGUAUGCACCUAUGAAAAUGAUGUUAGCAGAUCAGGGAUUAUUUGCACCAGUAUUUUUGCCAUUUUUCCUCUUCACCAUGGGAGUAAUGAGACAAGACCCUGUACAUGAAAUUGCAGAAAAGGUCAAAAAGGACUAUUAUGAUGUCAUGACAACAAAUUGGAAGAUUUGGCCUGCGGCUCAGAUAAUAAACUUUACAUUUGUGCCACUUCAGCAUAGAAUCCUGGUGGUUAAUCUGGUCUCUAUAGGCUGGAACUGUUACAUGGCCUGGAUCUCCGAGAAAGAACACGAGGAUGUGGUCCUACACCACCACCCCCCGACUGACCAAAAGAUCCACCCCCAAACAGAACAAAAAAUCCACGCCAAACCCGCGAUACCCAAGUCAUCAUUAGCGAGCUGUUCAAAUAAAGAACGAUGAAAAAAUAUCGCAGGUCGAUUCUACUGAUUGCUGCCCAAGACGUCCUCCGAUAUCUGCCAACACGGAGACCAAUAUAAUGUCGGGUGCACCCUUUUGUAUUUUUCUUCGAGGUGAAAUAGAUUAGAGGGGACCAAUGUGUAUUUUAUUUUACAUUUUAUACAUUUUUAUACAUGUAUUUAUUAUUAUCAAUACAACACCAUUUUAAAUUAGAAAUGCGAUGGUAUAAAUGUAAGGACAUAGUUGAACACUUUUUUGUGGUAUUUUAUUGUUUGGUAGAUCUACUUCGCUUUUGCAGAUUCAUUUUUUAAAGUAAACACCGCCAAUGUCGCUCUCUCCCUGGUAUUUUGUAAAUGAAUAUCAGUGUUUGAUUAGUUUUAAAGCUUUUAUCAAGAAUUUACUCUCCAUUGGAACUCAACUAUUCAACAUUGUAAGAAACAGCGUUAAAAUCGCUUUAAACAU